GGAAAAAUAACUAAAAAUCCGAAAUUUUAUCGUAAAAUCGCAUAGUUAUAGAUAAAUUUAGCAAAUUAGGCAGCAAAAGAAGCAUUUAUUCAUCGAGGAGCCAUCAUGGAGGACGAAAAUUCGCAAAAGACAGAUUCCGGUCAAAACGAGACAAUUUCCGAGAAAAAGGAGGAAAAUCCCGAAAUAGAAAGCGAAUUUGACGUCAACGAGCUCAGUGGCGGCGAUUAUUUGGUACUUGACGAGAUAACCGGCAGCCAGGAUCCUCCAAACGCGACUGAAAAGGAGCAAGAAUCGAUGGAAGUGAUAGAUUUGGAGAGUUCAAUCAAUACAUCGGCGGAAGAAGAGAAGUUAUUGGACAACACUGAGCCAAUUCCAGCAGAACUUUCACCAAUAAAGCCAGAAAAUCUGGAAAUUGAGGAAAAAGAGGCAGAAAGCAUGACAAUAGAGGACGCUUCGGUACCCAUUUUGUCAGAAUUAAACAAUUCUGAGCCCGAAUUGAUAGAAAUUGCAAAACCUGAAGCUGAAAAUGAUGUUGAAACAGCUGCAACGGAGGAUAUGUCAGACAUUUUUCCCGAAAAAGAGCCAGAAUUGGUCGAAAAAGAGGAAGAAAUGGACGAAAAAGAGUCCGAAAUCAUGACAAUCGACGAUGAUGACCUCGAACCACUGCAACUUUCUCCGGAUGAGGCAGAAAAGGAGCCAGAAACGCCAACUACGCUCAUUGACGAGUCACUUACGAUCGAAGAAUCGAAAAUGGAAACGAGUGAAGUUGAAAUUAAUCCAUCUGAAGACACUCCAAUAGUCGAAAAUGCCGAAAAAGACAAAGAAAUUCCAUCAGAAACGACAGAAAAUGAAGCAAUUACUAUCGAAACGCCGUCUGAAGUGUCAUUUACGGAACCCACAGUCCCCGCCACAGAGCCAAUGGAAACAGAAGAAAAUAGUUUCAGCACAAAUUUGACGUCUCAAAUCCUGGCUGCACUUGAAAAAGCCAAGAAACAAGACGAAACUUCCACGGAAACUCCAAAAACGGCGACAAAUGAAGUUGUUGAGCUCUUGGAUGAUGACGAAGAUGCCCCGCCGCCAGCUCCGGAGAACGCUGAAACGGAAGAAACGACAAAAGAGGCGGAAGAAGUUAAGCCAGCUCGCGAUCACGAAUGCGUAAAUCCCAAUUGUGAUCGGCGUUCGAACGAAUUUCAGCGUGCCCGUAAGGUGAUUGUUAAUUAUUUCCGACAAAAUAGUGAGAAACUGAAAAAGAAGCAAUUUGUGUGCGCAUCCUGUUACGAUUUCGCUGUCGAAAAGUAUCGCGGAUACACGGAAACGCUCCUGGAACAACAGCCGCUGCUGCUGAUGGAAAUGCCAAAGCACGAGGAAGUCGUUGAGCUGCUGAGUGACGGCGAAGACGACAGCAAUGACGAAAAUUCAUCCGACGAGGAACCCCUUCCGCAGGAAACGCUCGACUUGCUGAGCUCCGAACUGGAAAAAACGCUCUCUGACGUCCUCGAAAAGGUCAAAGCCUCGCAACAAAUCGACUGGUCGGUGCAAAUAAUGCGCGCCCAAGUGGAAAACAAUCAAAAAAUCGUCGAGGAGAAUGACAAGUUGAUACAAGCGCUCGAGCAACAGGCGACGACAAUGUACCGCAAGCUGUAUGCCGUGAACGAGGUGCAGUAUCACAACGUGCCCGCACUGGAAAUCAUGUCAACCAAUGACGGGCGCAUGUAUACGGAAAAAAAUCAUCUUCCUUUGCCGGGACCGACAUUCCGACCACCCAUCACACUGUCAUCCGUUUAUUAUGCCGUCAAACAACGUCUCCUUUCGACGUGGUGUCAAUGCAAAGUACUCGAUGUCAUCGAAGACGCCUCAAAAGCGCAUCAUUUUCGCGUGCAGUUCAUCGAUAGCAAGGUGAAUAACGUUCGUGUUGUCUCGCCGAAGCAAAUUGCUUACAGUCAUCCACCGACGACGCGAUUAUCUGUGGGCGAGCGAGUCAUUGCGCACUUUAACAUGAAUCCGAGUGCGAAACCCAUGGGCGGCGGCACGCAUCAGAGUCACUUUUAUCCGGGAAUUAUUGCGGAACCGCUGCAACCGUACAACAUGUUUAGAUAUUUGAUCUUUUUCGACGAUGGAUAUGCGCAGUACGUGACGCCGCAAGACGUGAGAUUGGUCUACGAUGUGUCGGAGACGGUGUGGGAAGAUGUACAUCCGCAUUCGAAGGAAUUUAUUCAAAACUAUUUGCAGACCUAUAAGAAAGAGAGACCUAUGGUCCAAGCCAAACCGAAUCAAAAAAUCAACACGGAAUUCAAGGGCAAAUGGGAAUACGCCAAAGUCCUCGAAGUCGAUGCCAGUCUCAUUCGCGUUUACUUUCACGAUGCCAAGAAAACGGAAUGGAUUUAUCGUGGCUCGACGCGUUUAGCGCCGUUAUUCAAGCAACGCGAAUCCGCGACAAAGAAACGUUCGCACGACCCUUCCAUCGAGUACGUUUCCAUGAACGAAUCGAACGACGCUUCCGCUCGUCGUCCUGCGCCUCCCCCCUCCGACGGAUCUGAGCCUCCCGUAAAACGAGCUGUUGCCCGCAAGAGCUCCGCCGCUCGCCCGCCCUCCAACACCGUCACACGUACCGAACAGCAAAUCCAGCAGCUGCAAAAGCAACGCCAGGAACAACGAAACAUCAAAUUUAUGAACUCGAAUACGAUCAUUUUGGACGACGAUGCCGAGGAAAAGGGACGUGUCGUGUACUUUGCCGUGAAUAAAAAUUUCGAAAAGCAACCGUUUCGACCGCACACGUGUUCGCCCGAUUGUCUGUUGAAGGUUUCGCAUAACAUGAUGAAAUACAGUCCGACAGCAAAACCGCUGAUUUGCGCUUGGGACCGCCAACUAGUCAAGCAAAAGUUGAAACGAACUGUUAUGUAUACAGCGCCAUGCGGGCGUCGAUUGCGGAACAUCAACGAAGUCUAUCAAUAUUUGAAGAUGACAAAAUGUCGGCUUGGCAUCGAGUGUUUUGACUUUGAUGAGAAAUUGCAUUGUUUGGCUGAAUAUCAAACGAACAAGAAAUUUUAUUACAAUCCGGAUAUCAGUGAAGGGCGUGAAGGCAUGCCAAUUCCGUGUGUCAACAGUUAUGACGAGACAAAACCGCCUCCGUGCGAAUAUUCUGCCAACCGGAUUCCGACAGAAGGCGUCAACUUGAACACCGACCCGGAGUUUAUGUGCGGUUGUGAUUGCACGAACGACUGUAUCGACAAGGAAAAGUGCGCCUGUCAGAAUCUCACACUCGCUGGAGCCCGUUGGAGCAAUCCGACGACGCCAAUUGAACAAGUGGGCUACCAGUACAAACGUCUGUACGAACAAAUUGCCGCCGGCAUCUACGAAUGCAACCCGAAUUGCAAGUGCAGCAAAAAAACGUGUCUCAAUCGUGUGGUCCAGCAUCCCAUUCAGAACCGCAUCGAGUUGUUUAAGACUUUCAACAUGGGUUGGGGCCUUCGUGCUACCACAGACAUUCCCAAGGGGACUUUUAUCUGCAUCUACGCCGGUUAUUUGCUCACCGACGAAAAAGCCAACACCGAUAACGGCGACGAAUAUUUCGCCGAUUUGGAUUAUAUCGAACUCGUGGAGCAGCUAAAGAACGGCUAUGAAUCUGACGCACCUGAAAUGACAGAUCCCGAAUCCGAUUACGACCCCAAUGAGGAUUCCAUGGAUGGCGAUCGCGAUUUUAGACCGUCGAAUGGCGUUUCUUCGGGUAAUACGCGAUCCGUGCGCAGUACUCGCAGCUCUAAAAAUGUCGAUCAACUCAUGGAACGAGCAAAGGUCAAAGAUAAUAGUAAACCUGCAUCACGUUCUGGGUCUGAUGACGAAGAUUCGCGUGAGAAAAUCAGUCUCAUGCCGAACAGUGAUCCGGAUGCGGAAGAAAAUGUCAACUCGAAGUACACGUCGCUGCGGAAGUUGUACGGCAAAAAUGAGUCCGUUUACGUGAUGGAUGCCAAAAUCUGCGGAAACAUUGGGAGAUAUUUCAAUCACAGCUGCGAUCCGAACAUGUUUGUGCAGAACGUUUUUGUGGAUACGCACGAUUUGCGGUUUCCCUGGGUGGCGUUCUUCUCGUCGCGCUACAUAAAAGCAGGAACGGAGCUCACGUGGGACUACAACUACGAGGUUGGCAGCAUCGACGGCAAAAUUCUCUACUGCGAAUGCGGUUCCGCCAAAUGUCGCAUUCGACUCUUGUAAAUCGUAAGGAAAAAUUUUAAAUGUGUACUGGAAGUAAAUUUAAUC